GUCGCGUCUUUUAUUUCCCACAAUCCCCUUUAAGCUUCCUCUCUUCCGGUUGUACGUGCUGUUCGUGUAGCAGACAUCCUGAUUGAAAAUGGCGAAGUCUAAGAACCACACCACGCACAACCAGUCCCGCAAGUGGCACAGAAAUGGCAUCAAGAAGCCUCGGUCUCAGCGCUAUGAGUCUCUGAAGGGGGUUGAUCCUAAGUUCCUGAGGAACAUGCGUUUUGCCAAGAAACACAACAAAAAGGGGUUGAAGACCAUUGCAAAGAAGGAGGCUUCCAAAUAGUCAGGAGCUCUUCAGGAGAAUCAGCGAUGUACAGAUAUUGCAAAAGGACUUUGUACCAUCCAGAAUAAAGCCAUGCUUUGUUAAUUGGAA